AUGGCAGACGAUGGCAUGCUGCUCAACUUUGAGCUACCCUCAGACGCCUUUGCGCCGGUGAAGAGGCUGAAAGGCGGGAGUUGGAAAGACAGAUUGACGGCAAGAAAGUCGGCAGAGUAUGGACGGCAGAAAGCACAGGAGCGAGCGGGAGGAAGUCGGAAGAGUAUGCCCAACUAUGGGGAUGUGCAGAGUGAGGAGGAAGAAUACGUGGCGCAUGCUCAGCGGCCUGCAAAGCGGUCCAGGACUGAUACAGGCUCCAGAGGGAAGGCGCCUCAACAGAAUGGAUACGUCUCGUCGCUGUUCACAUACAAUCCUCGAGAUGCACUGGAGAAGCCGGCAGAGGAUGAGGAUGUGCCCGUGGAGGACGAUGCUCCGGUCGAACCCUCCAAUGCACCGCUAUCCGACGAGCUCGCCACCUUCACCAACCUUGGACUUUCCAGCACCAUUGCCAGCCAUUUGCUCAACAAGCUGAACAUAAAGGCGCCAACCGCUAUCCAGCGACAGGCUUUGCAGCAUUUAUGUGCCACGAGCACUGAUGCUUUCAUUCAGGCCGAGACUGGAUCUGGUAAAACAUUGGCAUAUUUGCUGCCUAUCGUGCACCAUAUCUCUCAGAUCUCAAAACAGAUGAAAGCAGCUGGACAAGACUUCACACGAUCGUCUGGAUUGUUUGGGCUGAUCCUAGCACCCACUCGCGAGCUCAGCAAGCAGAUAAGUACAGUGCUGGAGGGUCUGCUAUCAUGCUGUCACUGGAUUGUGGGUGGCAUUGUGACUGGUGGCGAAAACAAGAAAUCGGAAAAGGCUCGAUUGCGUAAAGGAAUGAAUAUUCUGGUCGCUACGCCUGGUCGUCUAGCCGAUCAUAUCAAUUCCACCGAAGUCCUUGACGUCUCAAAGGUGCGGUGGCUUGUGCUUGACGAAGGUGAUCAGCUCAUGAAACUUGGAUUCGAGCAAGACCUGCAGCGGAUUGUUGGUCUACUCAAUUUGCGCGGCAGGGCACCAGCAUCCGUACCUGGACUGCCAGAACGAAGGACCACAGUACUGUGCUCGGCGACGAUAAAGACCAGCGUUGAACAGCUGCGCUCGAUUGCACUCAAAGAUGCGGUGUCUAUAGUUGUUGAUUCCCCGGAAGCGACGGUCGAGGGCGAGCAGACUGAAACCCAGGCAUUUAGUGCUCCAGCGCAGCUCAAGCAGUCUUAUGCGAUAGUACCGCCCAAGCAGAGAUUGGUAACACUGACCGCUGUCCUAAGGCAAGCGUUCAAGAGGAAAGGCAGUGUCAUGAAAUGCAUUGUGUUCAUCGAUGCUGCGGAUAGUGUGGACUUCCAUUUCGAGCUACUGAUACGAGAAAGAGGUGAGAAGGUUGAUACUGAUGAGCUUAAGGUGCCACGCUUGAGCAAGACAGGGAAGAUCACGCAGGGCACGACAAUCUCUGAGACUCGUACAAACGGCGUUGCAAGCUUUCUGCAAGGCACAGCGAGUGGCGACGUGCAUAUUUUCCGGCUUCACGGCUCCUUGCAGCAGCAUACUCGUACUAGCACGUUGAAAGCUUUCGCGACUUGCGAAGAUCCGGCAAUACUUGUCUGCACGGAUGUCAUGUCUCGAGGUCUGGAUCUCCCCAACGUUGACCUUGUGGUCGAGUACGAUCCGCCCGCUAGCAAGGACGACCAUCUCCAUCGCAUAGGACGUACGGCUCGUGCUGGAAAAGAUGGUCGAGCAAUGAUCUUCCUCCUGCCAGGGUGUGAGGAGGAAUACGUCAGUAUACUGAAAGAAGGCAAGCCGCGCAACCUCACAAAGCACGAUGCAGAUGAGUUGCUGAAGAAGGGCUUUGCUCCCGCGAAUGGCGUGGUGAAGGAGAAGAGUUGGGAGGAAGCGGCGACGGACUGGCAGAUGGAUAUUGAGCGCUGGGCACUCGAACAUCCGAAGCAUCUCGAGCAAGCACGACGAGCCUAUCAGAGUCAUAUCCGAGCUUACGCUACUCAUGUCGUGGCUGAGAGGCACAUGUUUGAUCUCAAGCAGAUGCAUUUGGGUCACUUGGCUAAAGCUUUCGCGUUGAGAGAUAAGCCGAGUAGUAUUCGAGUACCAGGACAACGACCUGGGAAAGCGGCCGUGGCGAAGACGAAGGAGGUGAGGCGGACGCAGGCGGGCAAGUCUGCGGCGGGCUCGAAGAGGAAGAGUGAGAGUGCUUUGGAUGAUGUGGAUGGUGGUGAGAACGACGAGAGGGAGGCAAGGAGGAGGAUGAUGGCUAAGAUGAAGAUGAACAUGAGUGGUGCUUCGGAAUUUAAUCUAGGGUAA